AUGGGGGACGGGAAGGUAUGUAGAUUCUCGAUCCUUGAAUUUGCCCUGAUUACGGGCUUGAGAUGUAUCGGGGAAGAAGAAGCUAGAGCCCGUAUUAUACGAAAUAAAAGGUUAUUGGAUUUAUAUUUUGGAGGUAAAGGGCCAAUUACACCACCACAGUUAGAGGACGCAUUUAGGAAAUGCAAUCACAUGUUAGACAAGUUGAAGUUAGGGUUGGUGUAUAUACUGGAGAGUAUAUUGAGGUGUCGACAUCGUGGGACGUCGAUUGAUCUUUUUUCAUUGGAUGUUGUUGAUGAUAUCGAUGCUUUCAACAGUUUUCCAUGGAGUCAGAGAUGUUACCCCGAUACUCUCCAUGUAUUCAGAAGGGUACACACUAUGUCGAAAUCGGAGAGGGGCGAUCGCAAAUAUGAUGUAUAUGGCUUUUGCAUAGCUUUGCAGUUGUGGGCAUAUGAGGCUAUCCCUGCUUUGGGUAGCAAAUGGGCGAUCAGAAGGGAGACCAGCUGCCCACGAAUGCUUCAUUAG